AUACGCACUACGCGUUACACCAUUUUCUUAGUGAAAACAACAACACAAAAGCACUAUCAAGCGAGCAUGCGUAGAUAGCGCAAGAUAAACUGCGAGUAAAACCUGACUUUGAGCGCACGUGUAGUGUUGUAUAAAAAACAAAACGUGCUGAAAUUCUAAUGUUUUUAGACUUUUCAAAACAAAAUAGGAAUUGGUUUCGCCGUAAAGUUUAAAUUCCAUUUAUAAUGAAGUUGAAUUCAGUAUAGCAUACAUUUUCCAUCGCGAUGCUAGUAAAACCUCUCGUUCGUUUCUAUUCGCUACUAAUCGGUUCGCUACUUCUAGUAGAAUGCCUAGCUACCGCAGGUCGUCAUUCUUCGAUAUUCAAAAGUAUUCGUUCAACGGACGACGAAUGUGACCGGUAUUCGAAUGAACGGAACAGGAACUGCAGUGUCCGCUGCCGCGGUUUGCUACUCCGGUUUUGGGACGACCAACAUGGUAAGCUUGGUUUCUACGCGCUCAAGCAGUUCUACCAACCGGAUCCGGAGGAUAAAUGCUACUUGAAUCGAACCAUGCGCUGUCUUAAACGAGUUUCUGUUCCCGAUGAAAGUUGCCAAAAAGUUGCCCAAUAUGUUCGAUGCUACAAGGAUCAAUAUGGAGAGGAGAAUACUGCAAUCGCUCGAUUUAUUCCAUUCACCCCAAUGCAACAGACUCGAAUCCUGAUGGAGUGCGCAGCAAUUCUGGGGAUAUCGGAGGAUUCCUUGAGAGAGGCAGCAAAGAGUGGCGGCGAAAUACCGCAGGAAGCAUGUCUGCUUAGGUGCUUCCUGAUUCGGCAGGGGUUGUACAGCGAAGCCGGUGGAUUCGAAUUGGAACGGCUUGAGCUGCAGUGCGGUGGCUACGGAAGCGGCUGGAACCCCGUUGCAGUACAGCAAUGCAUCGCCAAUGUGACAGAUUGUGACAGUUGUACGAAGGUGCAGCGGAUGGCUAAAAACUGCCUUCAAGUGCACUUCAAAGUGCUGCCGAAUCCGAACACUAGUGAUGACAAGUUUAUUCCGGUCCUGGUGGAAUUUUACGGAAGAACCCAAUUUUAUAUUGAUUUGAAAAUUCAGUACCCCGACGAAUCUUUAGCGGAACUAUUUUCAGAUUUCAUGGUUCAGUUUGGUGUAUAUUAUUAUUUUUAUACCUUUGGGCCACAGGCCACCUAA